AUGGCGGCGACAGUGGAGUUAUCAGAGCCACCGGCCACCGAACAUGCUGCCACGCCCAGCUCCGAUCCGACGGUGAACGGCUCCGCACCACGCGCCUCCACGUCGUCUGCGCACUCACUCGACCUUCCCUCCCUGGUACCACUGUCGCAUGACCACGCCCUCCUCUCCUCAGCAACAUUCGAGGUCGAUGCCUUCCUUUUAUCACGAAUCCACAUUCCUCUCGACGAGCUUCGGGGCGAGCUACGAUCAUACCUCGGUGUUCUGCGGGAAGAGCUUGUUCAGCUCAUCAAUGACGACUAUGAGGAGUUCAUCUCGCUCGGCACAGGGAUGCGGGGUGAGAGCGACCGGCUGAAACGGCUACAGAAGCCGCUGGAGAUGCUGAGAGGAGAAGUGGAGGUAGUGCGCGACGUGCUCGCGUCGCAUCAGGACGCUGUGCAGGAGAAGCUCGAUGAGCGAGCAACGCUGCGCGAGGAGAAGGCACUUCUAGAGCUUCUGCAGCGGCUCUUCGAGACAUUAAACCGUGCUGAGUCUUUGGAUACGGCAUCGGAUGACGCAGAACGGCCAAAAGCUGUUGCCCGUCUAGCAGGCGAGUACACGCAACUCGUGUACCUGCGCAACAAGGUGCAGAGGGAGGGCUGUAAGCUGGCCGAAGUCGCGGAGCCGCGCAUCGACAAGCUGCGGUCACAGCUGAACAACGACCUCUCAACGCUUCUGACGACGGCACUGGAAGCCAAGGACGAGGCGCAUAUCCGCCAGUGCCUGCGGACGUACGAUGUGAUCGAGGCGUGGGAAGACGCCGAGAGCGUUGUCCGGGACGACGUCGAGACCUGGUGCAGGAGCAACAUUCGAGCAGCCGCACUCUCCGACCCCGUUACUAGUCCCGACUCCCCGGUACCGAGUGCGCGGCGGCUAAAGCCCUCGACGCCGCUCGCUGUGCUCUACAACCGCGUCCUCGACCAAGUGGAGGUUUACCAGCCUCUGAUCAAGAUGGCACAAGCCCUCAGCGCGCACUUCGACUUCUUCUCGCGCGUGCUGUGGCCGGAGAUCUCAAAGUCUGUCGUGGACAACCUCGGCAGCGUCAUUUUCGCUGCCGGUCGGCCAGAUGAGCUACACAAACACUACACGGCAACGCAUCAGUUCCUGACACACUUCGAGUCGUACGCGCCAAGCAUCGACGCUGUGAUUGCUGUCCGCGAGUCGCCAGAAUACUCUGCCUUCGAGCGAAGAUGGCAGUUGCCCGUCUACUUCCAGCUGCGGUGGAAGGAGAUUGUGACUGCUUUCGACUCUGCGCUGAACAGCACGACGGGAACAGCUACCUCACCCUGGCACUUGCCCCAGAGUCAGGCGGCGUGGACGGCGUUCCAGCGCUGCUGGGCUCGCGACAUCUUCCUCCCUGAGUUGACGCACCGCUUCUGGCGUCUCAGCCUCCAGAUCGUGUCUCGGUACGGACUGUGGUUGUCGAACCAGCUUAUCAACUUCAAAGAGGACGAGGACGAUGCGACACUCCGUUUCGCAGCCUCGGCGAUCUCCGACAGCGAUCUGCUCCUCGAGAAGAUUGCGACACUGCCAGAGCUUGUCGAGCUCGGCGUCGACCUGCCCUUGUCCCUGUCCACCACACAUUACGCUGAGCGCAUCGUGCUCAUACUCCAGAAGCGAUGCGCGGAGCCGCUGAAGCUGGUUCGUUCCGUUGCAUCGCAGUUCCGUGCCUCCGGAAGCAAGAGCAGCGGACCACCGGCGGCCUCUUACUUUGUCCCGCAACUGCUGAAGCCGGUGCACGCCUUCUUCGAUGGGCGACCAGCGCUGAAGGCAAAGUACCAGGCGGCGUGGGCGGGCCAGGUGGCCGAGCACGUGAUGAGCAACUAUGCGCAGAUCCUGGCGCAGGUGCGCAAGACAGAGGACCUUUUGCGGCGGCACCGCAAGACGCGCAAGGGCGGCUUCUCUCUGUUCGGAUCGCAGAAUGCGGCACAGGACGACGGUGCGGAUGAUGAGCGCUUCAAGGCCCAGAUGCUGGCCGAUGUCGAGGGACUGGCGGCCGACGCGAAGAGCCUCGGCGUCACCGUUGACAACAUGGCCUCGUGGGCUGAGCUCAAGGACGUCGUCCAGCGUCCAGCGGAGUAG